GGGGGAAACCCCAAAAGAAGAAAAUACAGAAGAUACAUUCACAUAAAGUGGAGAAUAAAGGACAAGACAGAUAUCCAGAGUUCUUGCAGGGGGAAGAAGAAGAAGACACGGAGCUGCUAUGAUUCUCUCCCUGGCCGCAGCGGCAGCCAUGAGUAGCGGCGGCAGUAGCAGCCUCAACUCCUCCUCUCCCCUUGACCCUUUCGACCCCUCCACCACGUGGACCCUAGUGGAGGACCCCGCCAACUCUUCGUCCGAACCCCUUGUGCAAACAGUGACCCCCGAUCUCCAGCCAGCGACCACCGCUGUCGGUCUCCAGGAAGUCAGCCCGUGGGAUAUUGCGCUUUGCGUGACCGGGACCCUCAUCUCCUGCGAGAACGCCCUGGUCAUUGCCGUGCUGUUCUACACGCCGACACUCCGUGCUCCGAUGUUUAUCUUGAUCGGAUCGCUGGCGGUGGCAGAUCUUCUGGCUGGCCUGGGCCUCAUCUUGAACUUUGUCUUCACCUAUCUGAUUGACAGUUCGGUGGAGUUUGUGACGUUGCUGUCUGUUGGACUGCUGAUCUCAGCAUUCUCGGCUUCUGUCCUCAACAUCCUUGCCAUCACAGUUGACCGGUACCUGUCGCUGUACAACGCCCUGACCUAUCACACUGAACGGACAGUCACCUUCACAUACGUGAUGGUGGUCUUCAUCUGGGUGUCAUGCCUCACGCUCGGUUUGCUGCCGGCGCUGGGCUGGAACUGUUUGAAAGACGAGAGCACGUGCAGCAUCUGCUGGCCAGUCACUAAAAACAACGCUGUGGCGCUCGCUGUCACUUUCCUAUUGGUCUUUGCCCUCAUGAUGCAGCUCUACCUUCAAAUCUGCAAAAUCGCCUUCCGCCAUGCACAGCAGAUUGCAGUGCAGCACCAGUUUGUGGCCAUCUCCACCACCAAAGGUGUUUCCACACUGUCGGCCAUCCUGUGUGCCUUCGGGGCAUGCUGGCUGCCAUUUGCCAUGUACUCCAUUGUGGCUGACUCCAGCUACCCCGUAAUAUACACCUACGCCACAGUCCUCCCAGCCACCUGCUGCUCUGUAAUCAACCCCAUCAUCUAUGCGUUCCGAAACCCGGACAUCCAGAAGUCUCUGUGGAUGGCCUGCUGUGGGUGUGUCCCAUCCAACCUCUCUUUAAGACCCAGGACCUCCAGUGAUGUGUAGCAGGAAAGGUUGGUGUCUGUUUAGCAUGAUGCUUGAGGUCGAGUCAGGGUUGGAGGAACAAGAGAUGGCGAGGAGGAAAGAGGAAAGAGAUUUCCUCUGCUUCUCAUAUCAGAGCGGGGAGGCUGAUGACAGAAACUCAGCUGGCCGCUGUAAACAUGGCACUGGAAGAUAAUGGAGAAGAGGAUAAUGCAUUGUCAAAAAAAGAAAAAGAAAAACGAUAGAGCUAAUAAAGAUCAUGUCCUGUUUGUAGCCUUGAGAAAACCAAAUGAUGGAGGUUGUGUGAAAACC